UUCUUUUGAAGUUUCGGGAGAUGGCGAGAACUGGAGCAUGGGACAAAGGCAACUCUUGUGCCUUGGCAGAGUGUUGCUGAAGCAAUCAAGGAUCGUUGUGUUGGAUGAAGCGACGGCAUCGAUCGACAGUGCCACCGAGAGAAUCAUACAAACUCGUAUAGCUGAAAACUUCCAGGAGUGCACUGUGGUGACGAUAGCACACCGCUUGGCAACAAUCCUUUCCAACACUGAUCUAGUUGCCGUGUUGCAAAAUGGCAAGCUUGUGGAAUUCGAUGCACCACCUGUGCUUUCGAGCAAUCCAUCCUCAGCGUUUGCGACACUGUUGAGAAACCAUCCCUGAGAUCAUAUAUAAGCCUUUUC